AUGUCUGAUUUGAAAAAACUCAAAUCAAAACUAAAAAGUGAUAGUCCUGUUGGUGUUGAUUCUAAAACUAUGAUUGUAGAGACAGAGACUGUAAAUAUACCGCCUAUUUCUAUAGGUUCUCCUAAUGAUUCUAACAAUAAUAAUGAAAAUAACAAAAAUACGACGAUUAUGAAAGUAAUAAGUAAUGACACCCAAAAUGAUAAUAACAUCAAAAGACAGUCUUAUAUACUAGAUACAAGAAUAGUCAAUGGUGGUAAUAAUAACAAUAUUGAUCGAAUUACUUCGAAUGAUAGUAAAAUGCGUGGCAACAAGAAUGAACGGGGGAAUGGGCAAGAAUCAAACCAGAAACUAAAAGAGCAAGGAAACUUUAUGAAUAGCCUCCAUAAUGAUCAUGGCUCUACAGCUUCUUUGACUGAUUUUUUGAAUAACAACGAAGAUUUGAGUCCACCAAAGGAGGAUAUUAUACCUACUAAUCCCAUCAAUGAUCAACAAUUAGUAUCUAAUUUCUUAAUAAAGCCUAAUUUAAUUGAUAACAACCCUUUAUCUAGUCAUAUAACAUCUUCUUCUUUAAGAAAUAAGAAAUCAAGUUUAUUAAUCAAUUCUACUAGUCCUACUAUAGAUUCUAUAUUUAAUGAGAACGAAAGUGACGUUAAUAAUAAUGUUGAAAACAGUGGUGAUAAUCAUGUUAAAAUAUUAACCAAAGAGGACAAUAAUGCUAAUACUAAUGAUGCUAAUGCUAAUGGUAAGAAUAAUGAUAAGAAUAAUGAUAAGAAUAAUAACAAUGCUAAUGAUAAUGAUAAUGAUGAUAAUAAUAAUAAUAAUAAUAAUAAUAAUAAUAGUAAUAAUAAUAAUAAUAAUAAUAAUAAUGAUAAUAAUAAUAAUAAUAACAAUAAUAAUAAUAAUAAUAAUAAUAAUGAUAAUAAUAACGAUAAUAAUAAUAAUAAUAAUAAUAACGAUAAUAAUAAUGAUAAUAAUAAUAACGAUAAUAAUAAUGAUUAUAAUAACGAUAAUAAUAAUGAUGAUAAUAAUGAUAAUAGUAAUAUUAAUAGUAGUGGUAGUAUUGCUAGGAGAAAAGUUGAAGAUACAAAUAUUGAAUCACUAAUCAAAGGAAAUAAUAAUAGUGACAAUAUUCAUGAAAGUAGUGACGAAAUCAUCAAAAGCUUGCAUAAAGAAAGUACUGGUAAGGACGGAGAAAUAGCUGAGAACCGUAACAAAAUUGGUUUUUCAACUAGCAAAUCUAAAAGCAAUUCAUUAUCUACGCUACCGGAAACAAAGUUAACAAUUAAUGCUAAUACUGAAAACGCUUUAAAACUAAACGCCUCAGAAAGUUCAUUAAAUAAUAACAUUUUAAGUAAUAAUAACCAACUGGAUGAUAAUGAUGGUAAUAUACAACAUAAUGAUUUAUUUCCUAAUUCUUCACGGGACACUAAAAGUGAUUCCAAAAGACUGAGCUUUAAUAGUAAUAAUGAUACAAUCACUUCAGGAACUGAUCAUUUAGACGAUACCUUAAUCAUUGAUCAACAAACGGAGGAUGAUUCUGACAGGCAUACUAUUAAGAGUAUUGGUACCAAUAGCACCAUUAGCAGAAAAAGGGAUACCGUUAAUAUAACACCAGGCUUUGAAAAAAAAAAUACAGAGAUAAGAAAUGAUACUUCCAAAAACCUCGUGCUGGCUAAAAUGAAUAUUAAUUCAUCGGAUAAAAGUAACAAGCUUGAACAGCAAAAUAAUAAUAAUAAUAAUAAUAAUAAUAGUGCUGGUAUAAAGAUUAAUGAUGUCGAUAAUAUGAUUAGCAACAAUUACGAUGCUACGGCAAACACUGUCAAUCCCAAAAAAAAUAUCAAAAACAUCAACAAUAGUAUUACUAAUACGACUACAGGUGAUAAUGAUAAUAAAGACAAAUCUGCUGCUAAAACUGAUUUUUUUGCUGCAAGACUAGCCAAUGCAGUUGGUGUAGCUAAUAAUAAUGAAGCAUCUGAUUCUGAAGAAACAUUUGUUUAUGCCGAUUAUUUAGAUAGUGCUGUUAAUAGCAUUGCUCCAACACCUUCAAUAUCAUCAUUUCAGCAAGUUCAACAAUUACAACAACAAUCUUUGACCCCUAGUUUACUACAAGAACAUGAUUUUGUAACUAACAGCAAUAAUAUAAGCAAAUUAGAAUUGCAACCUUCCAGUAAACCUUAUGGUCUUUUAUCCAAGGCAAGCGCACCUGUAUUGGGCAGUAAUCAUGUUGCUAACACUUCUCUGACUAAUAAUACUAUUAAUACUGGUAUAACAGGUGCUGUCAAUAAUGCAGGGACUUUGAAGGCUAAAAGGAUGAUGCAGAAUACAGCUAGGCAUUCUAGUAUUGGUCCUAUCCCUUAUAAUCAUAAAUAUGCAUUACCAACAACAACGUCUUCUAACGUUAAUACUACCAUUAGCACGUUGACAAACGAAAGUAUUAGCACCAAUAACGCCGCUAGUAAUGAAAAUGUUGGAAAUACUUCUAUAAAUACUUUUGGUUCUAAUAAGAUUAUUAGUAAUAAUAAUAAUAAUACUAGUAAUAAUACUGGUAAUGGUGAUAAUGAUAAUACUAAUACUGGUAGUGGUAAUAAUAAUAAUAAUAAUAAUAAUAAUAAUAAUAAUAAUAAUAAUAAUAAUAAUAAUAAUAAUAAUAAUAAUAAUAAUAAUAAUAAUAAUAAUAAUAAUAAUAAUAAUAAUAAUAAUAAUAAUAAUAAUAAUACUGAUACUAAUACUGAUACUAAUACUGAUACUGAUACUAAUACUGAUACUAAUACUGAUACUAAUACUGAUACUAAUACUGAUACUAACACUGAUACUAACACUGAUAUUGAUAAUAUUGGUAUUAAUGGUACGUGCAAUGAUAUCACUAAUACUAGUAAUAGUAAUAAUAACAAUAAUAACAACAGUAGUAGUAAUAAUAAUACUGAAUUAUCAACAUCAUUACGUAAUACUUCGUCUAUGCCUAAUGAGUCUGUUGUGGAACCAGAUUAUCACAAUUUUACUAGCAAUUCUACUGUUAUUAACAAUGUUCUUACGGAAUCACUCUCUCCAAGAAAGAAGAACAUUAAUAAUUUAACAAUUAGAAGAACUAAUGUCGGCCUGGGUGGUGCUUUACCAACCAAUUCUACCGGUAUGAUCAGUACUAGCAGUAUUGUUAAUGCUUCUAACAAUAAUGAUACAUCUAACAGUAUUAUUGCUCCAAAUCCUGCAGUUGCUACUACUACGAAUAAUCCUAAUAACAGGAUUAUGAAUAUAUCGAACUACGAUGUUGGUAAUCUGGGCAAUAUGAAGACUUCGAAUACAAUGACUACCUCCAAUUUUACUCCCCAACCACAACUAUCACAGUUGAGAACGACUGCUUCGAGAAUGUUUGGCAAACAAAGUAACAGUAGUAUUCGAAGGCAUGUCCCCAAGGAUGUUAAUUUAGAAGAUUAUAUAGAUGAAGUCCAUGACACAGAAUAUGAUCUUGGUGUAUUGAAUAAUAAUAAUGGCGAUUAUUAUGAUGAAGAUGAUGAUAGGUCUAUGUUUUAUUAUAGGUCAAACAACAGAAAUUCAUUAAUAAAUAAUAAUAAUAUUAAUAAUAGAACAAGCUUGUACCCUAUUGAUUCAGAAGAAUAUACACACAACCAAUAUCAAUCUGAAUUUGAUUUACGUGGUAGAAGAAUCUUUACAGAAGACUCUUAUGGCGAGGAACCACAAAUACAUUCACAUUUGGGGUCGCAUGUAAUACCUAAUAAUGUAGCAGCAGCUACAGCUACUACUACUACCACUGGUACUAAUAAUAAAAACAAUAGUACGAAAAUAAAUAAUAGUACGAGUUAUGGAGGUAUUAUUAACACCAACUUUAAGAAAGGCAACAAGGGGAAAAAGACCAAAGCAGAUGGUAGUAUUAGAACAUCUUUGACAACAAUUAGUACAAUGAAUAGCAUGACUAAUAGUACAACCAAAAGCGCUGCUACUGAUGCGGGUGAUGAGGAUGAAGGGGAAAGUAGGGAGGCAGAACAAGAGUAUUUGGCAAGAUAUUAUAAUAGCAACGCUGCAGAUAAUGAUAAGAAGAAAAAAAAUGGAAAUGUAAAUAGUAACAUUGAUGAUGGCUCAGGAUUUAGUAAAAAUAUACCGGUCCAAUCGUUCAAUGGAAUAUCUGAGCCAAAGCCUACAUCGAAUAGAAAUUACCAUUAUCAUUAUAAUAGCACACCAGAAGGAAAUAUUGCUAGAGAUGUUAAUGGUCUGAUUGGAAAAUCCAACCCAAGGGCUUUUAGUAACAAUAAUAAUAAAACCUUGAAUGGUUUGGAUGUUGAUUUUGAUGACGAAGUUACACCGCUAACGAGAAGCGCCUCGCAACUUGUCUAUGAUACCUAUUCCAAUAAAACUGCUAACGGUGGUCAUAAUAAGAAUAAAAAAAAACGAAGCAGUUUGACAAUUUUUAAUCAGCCAGCGCAACAAUAUUAUGAUCAUAUCAACACCAAUACGAAACCUAAUGUCAAUAUUGCAUCUGUAGCCGCACCGUCUUCGCCGACAUAUUCACCACAUAAUUAUUUCAAUCAUCGUCGCCAAAGAAGGGAUAUGAUUUGGUACAAAUUAAGAAAUUUUAUAUAUUUUUCAUUCGUUAUUAUGUCUUUAUUAGUAGUCGGCUUCGUCAGUGGAUUUUUACUUGCGUCUAAUAAGGACUUGAACGAUUUUGAAGUUAUUUCAAUGGAUAAUGUUUUAGUAUCAUUAGAUGAAAUAGUUUUCGAUAUCACUACCCAGGCUUUUAAUGAAGGAAUGUUUACUAUCAGUGUGGAUACUGUUGAAUUGGAUAUAUUUGCAGAAUCUAAAUAUAUAUCAGACAACUUUAUUACUAUAGAUGGUGCCCCAAAAAGUAUGAUAGAAACUAUUCUAUUGGGAACGGUUUACAAAUUGGAGACACCUUUAGAAUUUCGUGGUGGAUUUUGGAAAAAAAACUAUGAUAUGUCUAUUUCCUCCGUCAAAUUGAAAUCACCUGGUCAACAAGAUACACCAUCUUCUCCAGACGAUGGUGAUGAAAAUGAAGGUAACAAAACUGUAAUUCUUCGUAGUCCAAGUGGAAUGAAUCUUGUUGAUGAUAACGAUAGUGACAAUAAACAGAAAUAUGGAAAAUGGAAAAAUAUUAUUAAGAAUGAAUUUACUUUGAUUGUUAGAGGUAAUGUUUACUAUAAGGUUCCUUUUAUCAGUUCUGAAAAGUCGGUUGGUGUUCAAAAGUCAACGGUCGUUUAUCCCAAAAUUUUAUAG